AACUGCGCGUUCAGAAACAGGUCUGCGCGCACACACUUUGUCGGACGCAGAGCAGAAGGUCCGCAUCGAAAAGGCAGCUUCGAAUCGAAAAGCGUUCUCUGGGUAACGUUUAGGUGACUGGCUAACUAGCCAGUUAGCUGCCUUUUACUGACUUAACAUAGACGGAGAUAAAGUCAAUGAAGACAGGUCAGAUGAAAGAACCACGUGUCGUCACACAUUUUGCUCACACUAGAGUGAAAAUCCAACGCUGGUUAUAAAGCUAGGAGGACGCUUUUAGCUAGCAGCCUCCGUUACCUGCCUAAACUAAUCUGAAUCGACUUCUGACGAUUGGAAUUUUAACAAGGAUUUGCCGCUUAUAUCUGAACCGUCAACUCAGUGGAAUGCUUUCAUUCAACGUUUCUUGAUGGUGUCUAGUAUACGGUAAAAUUUGCCGUUCAGGAAUUCGUUUUAUUAUAAUGCGGCUUUUUGGAGGUGGAGGAUCAAGCUGUGCUUUUGCAGCUGUCGUGGAAGAGCAGGAGGAGAAAAAACACUGGUGAAGCGAGUCAGAAAACGCACAGCUUUUCACCGCUCACCUUACAGGAGAAGGCGCGCUGACAUGGACCGACGUCCAGGAGCAAUCUCUGGGAUUUCCCAGGUUCCCUUCCUCGAGCCUUUUUGAAGAUCGCACAGAGAAAAGGCAGCUCUCGCAGUGUUUGGGUGUAAUGGAGGCAGGCAGUGGGGCUGCAGCACUGGGCAGCACGGGCGUGGGACUGCUGGGAGCCACCGGGACUCCGGACUCUACCGACAGGGGACUGAGGGUGGGCCGCCACCCUGAGGAGGACGAUGUGGUGGCGGAGCUGGGCCGGUGUAUGCACCCCCGAGAGAGGCCCGACUGGGAGGAGACCAUCAGCGCCAUGGCUCGCAGCGCGGAGGUGCCGGAGCUCGGAGCAGAGCCUCUGCUGCGGUCCUGCAGCAGCACCGCCAGCAUGAAGGUCAAGAACGUCAAAAAGCUGUCCUUCACCAAGGGCCACUUCCCCAAGCUGGCCGAGUGCGCCCACUUCCACUACGAGAACGUGGACUUCGGAACCAUACAGCUGGCCCUGGCAGAUGAGCAGAAUGAAGGGACGAGGAAUGGCUUUGAGCUGAAAGAGCUGGUGUACCUCGUCCAGAUCUGCUGUCAGGGCCGUAGCUGGAUUGUGAGGCGCAGCUAUGAAGACUUCCGCGUCCUUGACAAGCACCUCCACCUGUGUAUCUACGACCGACGCUUCUCCCAGCUCCCCGAGCUGCCACGAUUCGACAGCCUGAGGGACCGAGCUGAGACAGUUUCCCAGAUGCUGAUGGCUUACCUCUCCCGCUUGUCAGCCAUCGCUGACAACAAAAUAAACUGUGGGCCUGCCCUCACAUGGAUGGAGAUUGAUAACAAGGGGAACCACUUGCUGGUACACGAGGAAUCCUCGAUCAAUGUUCCGGCCAUCGCCGCCGCCCAUGUGAUCAAGCGCUACAUCGCCCAGGCAGCGGACGAGCUGUCCUUCGAGGUCGGGGACAUCGUGUCAGUGAUCGACAUGCCCCCCAAAGAGGACACCACUUGGUGGCGAGGCAAGCACGGUUUCCAGGUUGGCUUCUUUCCCAGUGAGUGUGUGGAGCUCAUCAAUGACAAGCUUCCUCAGUCCGUCACCAAUUCUGUGCCAAAACCAGCCUCCCCCAGCUCUGGUCUGCGGCCUGCAUCCUGGAGCUUCUUCCCUCCCUAUUUGGAAAUGGAGAGUGUUAAGCAGGAUAAUGCAUGGGUUCCCGACCCUCUAAACCACUACACAAUGAGCUCAGUGUCGAGGAAGCACGGGAAGCUGAUCACGUUCCUGCGCACCUUCAUGAAGUCCCGGCCGACCAAGCAGAAGCUGAAGCAGCGGGGCAUCCUGCGGGAGCGCGUGUUCGGCUGCGACCUCGGCGAGCACCUGCUCAACUCGGGCCACGACGUUCCCCAGGUCCUGAAGAGCUGCACCGAGUUCAUAGAGAAGCAUGGCAUCGUGGACGGGAUGUACCGCCUGUCAGGAAUCGCCUCCAACAUCCAGAAACUGCGACACGAGUUUGACUCGGAGCAGAUCCCAGACCUGACGAAGGACGUGUACAUUCAGGACAUCCACUGCGUGGGGUCGCUGUGCAAGCUCUACUUCCGGGAGCUGCCCAACCCCCUCCUCACAUACCAGCUCUACGAGAAAUUCUCCGAGGCAGUGUCAGCAGCCACAGACGAGGAGCGCCUGAUCAAAAUCCAUGAUGUCAUCCAGCAGCUCCCUCCACCGCACUACCGGACACUCGAGUUCCUCAUGCGGCACCUGUCCCACCUGGCGACCUUCAGCUACGUCACCAACAUGCACAGCAAAAACCUGGCCAUCGUGUGGGCCCCUAACCUGCUGAGGUCCAAGCAGAUCGAGUCGGCCUGUUUCAGCGGCACGGCGGCCUUCAUGGAGGUGCGCAUCCAGUCGGUGGUGGUGGAGUUCAUCCUCAACCACGUGGACGUGCUCUUCAGCCCCAAGCUCAGCUCGCUGAUCCGGGAGGGGGCAGGUCAUAACUCUUUGUCGCGACCCAAAUCCCUGCUGGUGUCCUCACCCUCCACCAAGCUGCUGACCCUGGAGGAGGCCCAGGCCAGGACCCAGGCCCAGAUCAACUCCCCCGUUACCGCCGACAGCAAGUACAUCGAGGUGGGAGAGGGGCCGGCCGCCCUGCAGGGCAAGUUCCACACCGUCAUCGAGUUCCCCAUGGAGAGGAAGAGACCCCCUGUGAAGGUGAAGAAGUCUCCGGUGGGCAGCUGGCGCUCCUUCUUCAGCCUGGGCAAGUCCUCCUCCAUGUCCAAACGCAAGCUCCAGCGCAACCCCAGCGAGCCCAAUCAGCUGAAAGCCAUGGCCCUCAGCGGCGGCAGAGGGGACACAGGAACUCUGAGAUCGGCCAAAAGUGAGGAGUCGCUCAGCUCUCUGCACAACGUGGAUGGCGAAUCGAAGGUGUACCGGCCCCGGAGGCCCCGCUCCAGCAGCGACGCCCUGUCGGCCUCCUUUAACGGGGACCUGCUGGACCGGCAGCAGUGCAACUCCUACGACAACCUGACGCAGGGGGAGAGCGACGGGGACGAGGGCCCCAUCCGCGUCCCGGCGCUCAUCUCGCCCCCGCGCUCCACGGAGGACGUGGACCUCAGUCCCCCGGACAUCGGCAUGGCCUCCCUGGACUUCGACCCCAUGUCCUUCCAGUGCAGCCUGCCCUCGGCCGAGCCCUCCUUCCCCUCGCCCCAAUCGCCCGAGCGCUCCUACCUGGGCCGCGGCCCGGGAGGGGGGGCCAGGGGCUCCGAGCCCGCCUCCCCCUCCCUGGAGAGGUUCGCCCGCCCCUUCCUGUCCCCCGACCUCAGCCCGGCGCUGGGCGCCGCCUUCUCCGCUAAGAAGCCGGUGCGCACCCCGUCCCCGAAAUCUAGCCGAAAUCCCUUCAUGUCAGAGGCCCCCUCUGAGGGCGCGGGGCGGCAGCCCUCCCCCCCUCCUGCGGGGUCCCCGGACCCCAGCCGCCCGUCGUCCCAGGCCAGCUCCACGCCCGUGAGCGAUGGCUGCCGUUACCAGCUGCUCUACCAGCUCUCCAGCACCGGUGGCCCAGAGAGCCGGGACCCAGCCGUCGCCAACAGCCCCGAGCCGAGCCGCCUCGUCUGCGGGCAGAAGCAGCCAGGAGCCGUAGUUCUGGACUCUCCACAGGGCCCCGCCCCCGUCAGCUCAGUCUCCCUCCUCCCUCCUCCUCCCCCUCCGAAAAACGCCGCCCGCAUGCUGGCCCUGGCUCUGGCCGAGUCAGCGCAGCAGGCGGCCAUCUUGUCCCAGAGGAGGCCCUCCCAGCCCCCGACACCCAUCUCCCCCCUCAGGCCCGAGGGCCCGCUGGACUUCCUGGAGUGGCCGCCCCCACCCCCCAUCCAGCCCCCCAUGACCGCCCCCGAGGAGCCGGCCCCAGCCGCCACGGACGCCCCUCCCAGCCCGGUUUUCACCGCGCGCUUUGAGAGCCAGGCGCCGGUCACCACAGACGAGUCGCCCCCCUGCAGCGAGCACUCCUGUGAAGAGAUCGACUGCGCUGCCAGCGUUAUCAGCGUCCCUGCAGCAGCGCCACCCUGCCAGUGCUCCAGCCCCCCCACCAGCCCCCCGGCACGAGCCUCACCCCCUCACCGGAGCCCCGAGAGGCCACAGCCUGCUGCCGGCCAGGUCCCCUGCAGAGAGGCUGGGCCUGUGUCACAGAGGGGCGCAGACGAGGGUGGCGCCGUGCUGCCGCCAAAACUCCAGAAGCCUCCGGAACCGCAAGCGGCAGCCGCGCAGCCUGAGCCCGUGUCCUGGGCCCCCGUCACCCCCGCUCCCCUGGACCCUGCAGAGAAGCCCUGGGAGGCCCUGAAGCCAGACCCCCACCAGGCUGAGCCUGCCCCGCUCUACCACCCCCACGCGGCCGUGCCCCCCGCCCCGCCCGUCCGCUCCAUCGAAAGCAAGCUGGCGACGGCCGCCCUGUCGCGCGCGGAGGUGGCUAACGCCUCCAGCUUCCACGCCAUCCUGGCGGAGGCCUCAGUGCCCACCUCGGUGGAAGAGGCCCACCCGCACCCGCCCCCGCCCCCGCGAAAGUCCUCCGCCCACCAGCCGGCCUACCUCUACUACCCAGAGGCCAUGGUGGAGCCCGCAGGCGAGCCCUACUACCACCAGAGGGCGCCCGCCGGGCAGGCCACUCUGGGGUACCACUACCGGCCGGACAGCGUACCCCCGCACCUGUCCUACGUCUCCAAAUCAGAGCCGCAGAUCCCCUACAGCGCCCGCGGGGACGGCCGCUACGCCACGCUGGGGCCCCGGUCCUUCCACCACUCCAUGAAGUCCCGCGCGGCUCACCGGGGGGAGUACGGCCACGCCCACGCCGGGCACCACCCGCAGGGGUACAGCUCCAUGGAGGGGUACCCCACCAUCCGCAGGGUGCACUCCCUGCACGUGCCCCCCAGCGCCGGCAUCCGCUCGGUGCCCGUGUCCCGCACCGAGGUGCCCCCGGACGACGAGCUCUUCUGCUACCAGCGGCCCGUGUACCAGUGCAAGUCCUACCAGCCCGCGCCGCAGAGCGACUACCACGUCACCCAGCUGCAGCCGUACUUCGAGAACGGCCGCGUGCAGUACCGCUACAGCCCCUACUCGGGCGGCAGCGCCCCCCUGGACGCCCCCUACUACGACGUGGACCCCUACGGGACCAUCCGCCUGCGCCACUUCCACUCCUUCAGCACCCGCGACCUGGCCCCGCACCACAGCAAGGCGGGCGGCAAGACGGGCGGCUACCACUACCUGUCCCGCCACCACGUCCUGCCCGUGGGCAAGGAGCACAGCUUCGUGAGUCGCGACAUGCCCCCGGCGCACGGCGGGGCCAAGGCGGCCGCGGUCUACCUGGCCUGGGACCCAGAGGAGGUGGACCGACUGCGCAUGCACUCCAUCCGGCGGGAGAGCAGAGCCCGGCAGAAGGCCAAGGGGCCCGUCAUGUCCCAGUACGACAACGUGGGCCCUUUCCCGGGGCCUGCGGACCUGGCGGGCCUGGAGGUCCUGCACAUGCGCAGCAAGUCGGACCCCGGGAAGGCGGUGCUCGCGGCCUCCGCCGCCGAGGCCAAGGAGGGCCGCUACGCCCCCCGGCACAUGCACUCGGACCCCGAGGCCCUCGUGUACAUGGAGACGGAGAAGCACUGCCAGGGCAACGGGACGGGCGACAAGUCGGCCCCGCCCUCCAAAGAGAGGAACUCCAGGGCGGGCGGCCAGCAGCACCUGCCCCAGCCCCCGGCGCAGUGCGCGCCCGCCCCCCCCCCCGCGGCACGAGCCCUUCCCCCCCGAGCCCAGGAGCGACGGCGCGGACGCCAGGCACCGGCCAGAGCGGCACGGCGGCAGGCCCAAACCCGAAGAGCCCCCGCCGGCUGCUCCGCCCGCCAAACCGGCCGCCCCUCCCAAACCCGAGCGCUCGCACGCGGCCCGGGAGCGGCCGCUCUACCACCCGCCCAACCCCCAGCCGCUCCCGCCCCCGCCGGACAACCCCGAGAACCGGGGGGAGCACGGCGGGGCCUGCCCGUACCAGGCGCACAGCCAGAGACACAGCACCGUGACCGUGCUGUCCCACUACGACAACCUGGACGACUACCACCCGACUCCUCCACCCCCGCACACUCAGACGCAGACCCUGGGACCGGCCCGAGGGGCUGCCGGCGCCUUCCCCCCAGCCCCUGGGUUCGCGCCCCCCCACAACAACAGAGCGUAUUCCACCGCGCUGGGGCAGGGCGGGUACAUCCCCGCAGAGCUGUCCAUGCAGAGGCCUGAGGCUGAGGUACGCGCAGAGUGAUGGGCCUCCAAAGGGCGCUACAGAGAUUAAAAGGUCAUAGGAAAUUGUGAAUAAAAACGCAGCAGCCUCUGCAGGACAGUGGACUGACUGUCUCUGGAUCAGUAUGUUCAUUUUUUUGUAUUUUUAAUGAAAUGUAAAGAAAAUGUGGAAAAAAUAUAUAUUACAGAGACUUUUUACUGAAGUGAAUGUACCAUAAAUUUCUUCCAUUGUCUAAAAAUGCCACACAGCUGUGACUUAUGAAUAAUAGGUGAUCAUAUUAAGUGUGUGUGCGCGCGUGAGUGUGUAUAUACAUAUAUAUGUAUAUUUGUAGUGUAUGUAUGUGUAUAACAAAAGGGUACAGCAAAUGGAAAACAAAGUGUAUGUUAUAAAAAAACUACUGGCUAUAAGGGAUUUUUAGUUUUUGAUUUCUUUCUGUUUAUUUUGGGAGGGGUUUUGGUGGGGUGAUGUGGGGAUUAAAAUUUUCGCAUUUCAGAAAUGCAUGCACAUCAUUUCUUGCAGAAAAGUUCUGUGUACGUUGAUUUCCAUUGUGUACUUCCUGGAUGUUACACGUUGUCAAGGGAGACCUGUACGUGUCAUCAUGCUCUCCCCAUUUUCUGUGUACAUGACCAGUGUCAAUGGCUCACCAUCAGUCUCUCACUGCCUGCAUUGGGGUUCGGGAGCUUAUUAAUCAGUACACAAUUGGACUGACGUAGUUCUUUAAGGUGGCCCAGUCACCACAUAGGUGUAACUUAACCUGUUUACUCAGUGAUUUAAUGCAGUUUUGAAUCUCCGUUGUAAUUUUGGAAUAAAACUUGUGUUCUGUCCAGUCUAAUUUGAAACUUGGGAUGCCUUGGGUAAUUAAUUGGUUCACUCUAAUGCAAGAAGGACCAAACAUUAGUUGCAAAGCUUUUACAUGACCAUUCGAGGGAGGGUGAGUAUUAACCACAGAUGCUAAGGAAUAGUUCUUAAAAAAAUAAAAAUAAAAAAAAAACUGUACUGAAUAUUUAGUUUCAUGUCAGGGUAAUUAUUUUUUUCAAAGGACUUGAAUGGACUCAAAACUGAAUAUUGAAUAAAUGUAACCCCUCAAAAGAAACUGACUUUAAUGUGGUUAAUAAAUAUCAGUACAACUUUA